AUGUGUCUACCAGGCCGCGAGAACACGAUGGGCGUCUUCUCUCCCGCGUUGGAGCUCGAAGGUCCGGACGGCGAGCGAGCGCAGCCUACCAGCAACCGUGCCGAGCUCCGCGCCGUUAUCCACGCUUUGGAGCAUCGAUAUCUUUCUCGAGAAGGCUGGGAGGCUCUGGUGAUUGCCACUGACUCGACCUACGUCGUCAAUGGCGCCACUUCGUGGGUUCCAACUUGGGUCACAAAGGAGUGGUGCAAAGCAGAUGGCACCAAGGCCGCCAACAUCGAUCUCUGGAAGCACGUGUUCCAUCUAUUUCGACUGUACGCCAUCCAUGGCUGCGAAGUUUUGUUGUGGCACAUACCUCGAAAGCAAAAUGCACUAGCAGACAAAUUCGCGAAGGAAGCCACCACGAGGGUGCCGCUGACGAGUUGGAAUUCAUAUCGCCAUCCGUUCCUGAAGCAGGAAAAGUAUUUCGACUUUUGA